AUUCUUUGUGUGUGUGUGUGUGGAAACAGGUCGCACGCUGGCGAGGUGAGAUAUUUAGUGGCUGAUUUUUCUUUUUUGGGGAGGGAGGCUGUCUGUCGUCGCUGCCGGAGCGCACGGAGAGCUUCCAUUUUACGCACCGAGGCAUCCGGAGAACCCCGCCGAAACCCGGACCGACUACGUGUCGCUGUGGAGGCAUUCUGCUGCUCGGCGGCUCGGAGGCUGUAGCGAUUUGAAGAAGCGCACAAAAACGCAAGCUGCUCUUUCAUCUCGUCAGCUUUGAGGAGGGAGGCGGCGAGGGACCAGGGGUGUCCCCCCCCCUCAUGUUUGUGUGUGUGUGUGUGUGUGUGUAACACCGUGUGUGUGCGUGUUUGUGUGUGUUUGGAACAAGAGAGAGGAGAGAGAGAGAGUGAGAGAGAGGGAGUGAGAGAGAGAGAGAGAUACGAGGGUAAAACAGAUCGGACGCGCGGCGCAGGAGACAGCCGCGGCUUGGACACGUUUUGGAGACAGAAGCUGCAAAGGCUGCACGCGGGAAAAAGAAUAUAAACAAAACUUACUUUGCAUCACCUCUCCGUCCAUUCAUUGUUUUCUACCGUGUUAUUAAAAUCAUUUCGGGGAGUUUUUUUCCCUCCCAAAUCUGCUGGACAAGUUCGAGCCGCUGAAGGACGCACCUCCCGGGACUUUGACGCAGACGUCUCCCCGACUUCUUGCUGCUGGACAUGGGCGCAUCUGAGGCCAAACAGCGGUAGACGGAGGCUUCGGAGCUGCUGUCCUGCUUUCCUCCUGCAGAGUGGACCCACUUUUGAAAGAGCGUGUGUUUUUUUUCUAUCUGGGCCUAAGGCCGACUUGUUUAAAGGUCCUUUUUUUUUUUUUUUUUUUUGCUUCCGGCAACAGCGAAGAGACCAAGUCUUCCUCCCUCAGCCCUCACUCCCUCUCUCACUUUUUUUUGGAAGCUGAACUUUUAAAGGAAAAUGGGGCAUUGAGAGGGUUGGCAGAUCUCCCCACGCUAUAAUGGCUACUGACACCUACCUGGUGAACGACGAUCCUUCUAGAGGCCCAGGGAUGCCUGAAUGUUUCCUUGUGUCUGACACAUAUAGGGAUGAAUUCCACCCCUUCAUCGAGGCCCUGCUGCCCCAUGUCCGCGCCUUCGCCUACACCUGGUUCAACCUGCAGGCCCGCAAACGCAAGUACUUCAAGAAGCACGAGAAGCGCAUGUCCAAGGAGGAAGAGCGCGCAGUGAAGGAUGAGCUGCUGGGGGAAAAGCCAGAAAUCAAGCAGAAGUGGGCCUCGCGCCUGCUGGCCAAGCUCCGCAAGGACAUCCGGCCCGAGUUCCGUGAGGACUUUGUGCUCACCAUCACGGGGAAAAAGCCCCCCUGCUGCGUGCUGUCCAACCCCGACCAGAAGGGCAAGAUCCGUCGCAUCGACUGCCUGCGCCAGGCCGACAAGGUGUGGCGGCUGGACCUGGUGAUGGUCAUCCUGUUCAAGGGCAGCCCCCUGGAGAGCACGGACGGGGAACGGCUGGUCAAGUCACCACAGUGCACCAACCCUGGCCUGUGCGUCCAGCCGCAUCACAUCGGAGUGUCCGUCAAGGAGCUGGACCUCUACCUGGCCUACUUCGUUCACUCGCCAGAAUCCGGACAAUCAGACAGCUCCAGCCAACAGGGGGACACAGACAUCAAACCACCGCCCAAUGGGCACCUGAGUUUCCAGGACUGCUUUGUCACCUCAGGGGUGUGGAACGUGGCGGAGCUGGUCAGAGUGUCACAGACUCCUGUAGCCACGGCGUCAGGUCCUAACUUCUCAUUGGCUGACUUGGACAGCAGUCCCAGCUACUACAACAUCAACCAGGCUCUGACGCGACGCUCCCUCACCUCCCCUCCUUCCACCAGGUCUGAGGUGGAGUUGUACGCAAACCUUCCGCGGAGCUCCACCAAGAGGAAGUCAUUAGACGACAGCGAGCUGGAGAGCCCUACAGAUGAUGUUUUCUACCCUGGACGCUCGCCUGCCGCCAGCUCCUCCCAGUCCAGUGCGUGGCCCAACGACAUGGAUGCAGUGCAGCACCAUUUGGCGAGUGUGCAGGAGAGGAAGAUAAAACAUGAAAACGAUGGCGUGCAGUUUCCUUACCAUGGACUGUCCUCGCCUGGUUCACUUAAGAAGCCGGGGAAGUUUGAUUUCAACGCCCUGACUUCCCAGACGAGGUCCCCCCGCAUGGCGUUCACACACCACCCGCUGCCUGUGCUGGCAGGAGUGAGACCAGGGAGUCCCCGUGCCUCAGCUUCAGCCCUGCACUUCCCUUCCUCCUCCAUCAUCCAGCAGUCCAGCCCGUACUUCACCCACCCCACCAUACGCUACCAUCACCACCAGGACCCGCUUAAGGAGUUCGUGCAGUUCGUGUGCACCGACGGCACAGGACAGCCCAGCGCACAGCCUAAUGGAGGUGGCCAGAGCAAAAUGCCGGGCUCCUUCCUGCUGCCUCCGCCACCCCCGGUGGCGCGCCCUGUGCCCCUCCCCAUGCCCGACUCUAAAAUCAUCAGCACGCCCACUGACGGCGGACUCAGCUCACCCGCAUCUCCGUCAUACUCCACGCCAGGCUCCACAGCUCCCAACCGGUUUGUCGGCAUCGGAACACGGGACAACUUUCUGAAUAUCCCCCAGCAGACUCAGUCCUGGUUCCUCUGACAAGGCCUCUCUGAACCAAGAGCUAAAAUUGUGUCAUGAAAAUUGGGAAAAUUUUUUGAAAAACAAACACAUCACCGCUGAUUAAGAACAGACUGCUGACACUAAAAAAAAAAAAAAGGUCUUUCUCUCUCGCCAACACUAUUCAAAGUACUACUACAGAACCCAAACCCCCCCUACCACCACCACCACCACCACCACCACAACAACCACCAACUACAACACCGCCCGACCCACGAGAGGACUCCCAAUCCAGCAGAAUUCGAACAGGAGCGUUGGUCCCCCUUCAUGCAGGAGGCUUCGAUGAGAUUGAGUGGACAGACUCAGAAUGCGAUCAGGAGGAGGAACUGUCUCACACACACACACACCGUGAAAUGUCAGAAAGGAAACACAAUAUGGCGCCCUGACAAAUGACCAAUUCUACAUUUGUUGUUUCAUUUUUUUAUGAUUUUAUUUUUCAUUUUGUUGUCUCCACAAUGAAACUCCAUGCAUUGGCUGGGAGAUCCAAAACAAAAAAAGAAGCAAAAAACAAAAAAAAGAGUAGUGGUAAACGGUGAAGUGCAAGUUGAAAAAGGUCGCCCCCCCUCCAUAUCUGCGUAUUUUCCCACGUACCUCUCCUCCAGGUGCAUGGUCCCACCUGACCCCCAUCCUCACCCCGCCCCGUCCCCGCACCUCAUCACACAUGCAGGGUCCAGACCGCGAAAACGCCGCAGCCGCACGCCCCCUCUGCGCGUCGCCACACUCUCGCCGCUUCAUUCACUCAGCCCUGAGCCUCUUUUUCAUUUCUGAUUGGCCAAUCAAAGUGACACCAUGUGAUGGUGUGACAUAUAUGCACUAAGUGGCUGGUCUUUGUUUACCUGUCAAAGGAUCAGGGCGUCCUGCUGUGGGAGGGAAGAGAAGGAGUGAUAGCCAUGAGGCGAGUGCAAAAGCGAAGUGAACACACGACAGACAGUCAUAACACUAACUCUACACGUGCUCGUUCGUCCCCUCACCUAUGCACUAUUAAUUUUUAAUAAGGGAUGGACAGUAUUGCACAGAGACGGUCAGAUGAGCGUUUGAGAGAAGCGAGUCGAGGCUGGCUGUCGUCGCGGAGGGGAGGGGAUGCGUCCGCGCGAACGUGUUUCAGGUCUCGGCCCUCGAAACACACAGUGCACACACACAUACGCAGCAUGUUCACACACACAAACACACGCUUGCAUACAGCACAUGCAGACCAUCGUCUCCAGAACAGUCUGUCACACAACCACUCAUUAUAUCAUCUUGUUAUUAUUCAUAGAAUUUAAUUUACAGGACAGCACACGCAGCCGCAGCUUCAUAUUAUUCGCUUUCAUUUUGUUUGUAGGUGUUCUCUUGCGAUUUCCUUCUUUCUUUUUUUUUUUUUUUGCCAGAUUUGGUUUUGGUUUUUUGUCACACUUGGAUUGUUUUAAAAAAAAACUUCUCUUGCAUGCCAUAACACAUUUUUUCUCCUUUAGUUUGCAGUAACACGUUUAAGUAUCACGCUCAGAGCAGUUUCUCAAAUCUCUCACGUAUGGACAGCACGGUAACAACAGCUCAUCACAUGCAUCCCUUGCAUUGCUUCACCCUGUACCCCCCUUUUUAGUCCAGUCACAGGAAACCCCAGAGGACUACACACACACACACACACACACACACACACGUACAUAUAUAUGAAAUGCACACUAACACCACCAACAACCUGACAUAAAAGAAUAAAGGGAAGCCUUUAUAUUUGGUUCUCCAAACUGCCUUUGUUAAUGGUUUUUCAUUCAUCACUUAAGAUUUGUCUUUUUAAUUUGAGAUUUUUUUUUUCUAUGUAAAUGUUCACAUCUGAAAUUUGCUAUUUGCUACUAUUAUUAUUAUUAUUUUCAUCAUGACACAAUCCAACAAAAGCCGACCUCACAAAAUAACUGGACUGCCUAGCUGUUGGUUCUGUUUUGCAGGGAUAGUAAGCGAGGCUGAGGCGCUCACACGUUCUCAGCCUCUCUAGUAACAUUAGCUCUGUGUACUAAAAAAAAAAAAACAUAUAUCAAGACUAUAACAAUAUAUGAAAGUGCCUCUGUAUUCCCUUCAUGCAAUUAGUAAUAAACUUGACUUCAGGUUCUCUUCCCACAUAUAAGCUGCAGCUCCAGGGAAUGGUAGCGUUGGUGCAUGUGGACACUAUUGGCCGAGGACAGAUCUUUAUAGAGGACUGCAAACUUUUGUUGUUGUUUUUUUUUUUGUAAAGACAGAGAGAGAGAGAUCUUAUACAUAUAUAUUUAUGAUAUAUGCUCCUUUUUAACUUUUACUACAUGAGCUGGUUGGCAGUCUAGUUAUUUUCUGAACUCUCACCUCCGCCCCCCCCCCCAUCCCUCCACUCCAAUCAAUCCCUCCCUCCACUCCCCCACAAACACCUCGUUUUCCAGUAACAUCACCUUACUGUUACCAGUAAAAAAACGACACACACACACACACACACACAUACGCCAUCGCCAUCUGCAGCGCAGCAUUAUAAUACCUAGAUAUGAACAUGUCACAAAAAUCGACAGUAGGUUUGAAGAGAAAAAAAAAAGUGUUUGUUUUUUGAUGGAAAGUAUUAUUAUUGAAAAAUAUGUGUCGAUUGAGCCACGUGCAAUGCAUUGGGUAGAUCAUUGUGUUUGUCUGUUAGAGAUUUUUAAGAAAGCUACGAGAAAAGAGAAAAAAAAUGUAUUUGUUUCAAGUCCAUAAGCUCCGGGACUCUAAACUUAGAGGGCCAUGAAAAAUCCUAGUCUUUGUAAGUUGGGGGUAUUUGUUUUUAUUUCCUUUUGUCUCUUUUUUAAUGUUUUAUGUGUAAUCAGUUGUUUAUAAAAAUGUGGGAGGGCUGAAGGAAAAAAAAAAUUCUACACAAGUUGAGAAAAAAAUUCUCUAUCAUCAGAUGAAACCUGGUGCUUUAACACUAUAAAGUACAUUCAGAAAUAUUGUAAAUGAAUGGUAAUGAACAAAAAUAACAAACCAUUUAGGAAGCAGCAUUAUUCCUCUCUAUUUUUAUUCUUCUUCUAUUUGUAUCGAGUGGGGGGAGAGGUUCCUGUUCCUUAAGGUUGUGACACAAAAGGCAUUUUGGUUCAACCUUUAGAAAGAAAACACAAAUCAGAUCUAUACUGUGGAGAUCACGUUACCCGUGCACUGCCUGAAACUCACCAGCAACACCAAAAGACAAAAACAAACAAACCCUCCCGAUUGAAUUCAUUUUUUUUAAAAAUCAUUGGCAUAAACGUUCCUCCCUGUUCUGCGGGGGAAGCUUCACGAAAUCCAGCAGAUCUUUUCUACCCAUCAUCAUCAUCUCGAUGUGUUUCUCGAUCAAACUCAGCAGGUUGUGUUUGACGGAAAAGAGUAUUUAGACCUUCUGUCUCCUGCACAGAGCGCAAAGAAAGGGGCAAAAAAAAUCAAAAAAAGUAGCUUCAAAUCAAAAAAAUCUGAAACAGGCAACAAGGUGAGCCUCUCCCCUGAUCCACCUCCCCCUCUCCUCCUCCUCCUCCUCCUCCUCCUCUGUAAAUGACUCUUAUAGUGCUUGUGCUGUAGUGUAUAGUUUCCCAGCAGUUAAAGGUUGUCCCUUAAAAGUGCCUUUUGUUCACAGACUCCAUUUUGUAAUCCAGAUCGACCCCCUUUUUUUUUUUUUUUUUUUCUCGAAUUGGCUCGAGGUAGCAGGUCGCCCCUGAGUGCCGCGAGAGGGGGGGAAGGCGAAGGAAAAGGGUCGCCGCCCUCCCGCGCUCGGGGGGCAACUUUUAUUUCCCCUCCGCCUUCUUCGAAAAUGAAUCCCCUCCAUUGUACCUCCCCUAUAUCCUCUCUUCCUUUUCAAAGCCGUAUAUAUAUAUAUACACAUAUGCAUAUAUGUAUAUAUAUAUAGUACAAAAGGAAACUGGUGUGAAUUAGUUCUUUACUUUUUAUUGAUAAAUGAUGACAAAAAAAAACUUUUUUGAAAAGGCAAAAAAACUUGUUCUCGUUCAGCUCUUUGCUUUUUUCUUCCCCUCUGUCUCCACUGUCUGUUUUCUCUUAGACACUGGAGUAGUCUGUAACUGUGUGUCCGUCACUCUCCGUCUCUCUCCCUCUCUCUCUCUCUCUCUCUCUCUCUCCCCCUCGUCCUCUCAGCUGCUGUUUGGCCGAGGGCGUGCGAGGGGAGGGGGAGACAAAAAAAAAAAAAAUUGCCGAAAAACUUUUGUCUGAGCAGAAUGCAGUUAGCUCACAUGUUAUUCUUGUCUGUAUGCUUCACAUUGUAUUACCAUUACCCAUCUUCUUCAGCUUCUCCAUUCAAACAGCUAAUGUAAGUGAACAAAUUUUACGCUGACGGGCUUUUGGGGGUGUCCCCGGGUGGGUUUUAGGAAGGGACGACAGGGGUUCAAGGGGUUCGGGUUGAAGAGGUUUUACGGGGUCGAGAGGGCUGAAUGAACUGCUUUGGGAUGUUGGAGAAAAAAAAGGGGCUGCUUCGACUAGGAUAAGAGUUUGCUCUUUUGUUUUAGCUAUUUAUUGGCUUUGUUUUACCCCCCUAUUUUUAUUUAGUUUCCUUUUAAUUUGGAUUUCCUUUUUUUGCUAUCAGGGUAUGCUGUCGUUCAGGCUCUCUUCGAGGUUGCCUUUGACUGUAAAUGAAAGCUACAAGCACCUUAUCACCGGACUUGUCCUGCACGAGGAUGAAAGAGGGGGGUUUGCAUUUCCAGGACAAAUCCCACAUCCAUUCAAACCAAUCUUUCAAAGUGAAGUAUUAUUGUUCGUGGUGGGUUUCGCACAGGGAAACCCUCAGCAGUAUUAGCCAUUUACAACACCAACCAGAUCGAUAAAAAGCCAGCAUGAACCUGAUCUCUCAGAUUUUUGAAGAUUCAGGGAAAUCCCUCCAUUUUUCUCCUCUGACCACCUCAUGCUGGACCGCUCCGUGUCUUUGUUCUGUUGUUCAUUUUGUUCUUUAUCUUAAGCGUGUAUGGUUAUUGGUGUAAUAGGCAGCACCCUUUUAGGCCCCCUGACCCCCAGCUCUUCAUACGC